UGUGUUCUUUGGUGGUUCUGCUUCAAAGACGGCUUCCUUUCUCAGACAACUCAUUUCUACUCAAUAAAAACGCGUCUUUACCUGUGUACUGUCUCAGUUUUAUUGAGUUCGUUCCGAGUGCAACACGUUCCUUAUCGACAUGUCCUUCAACACGCCACCGAGGAAGAGAGUGGAGCUAACCUUAGCCGAUAAAGUUAAGGUAAUCCAGCUCCUGAACAGUGUUCCAAAGAUGUCGCAGACGGAAGUGGGGAAGAAGUUUGGAGUUUCGACGUCGCAAGUAUGCAGGGUGAAUCAGAACCGAGAGGCCAUCCUGAAGCAGUGGGAAUCCAACAGCAACCCUAACAGGAAGAGGAAGCGAGAGGGCAAGAGUGGAGACGUAGAAGAGGCUCUCUGGCGGUGGUUCGUCAAUGCCAGAUGGAAGGAUUGCCCACUCAACGGCCCCAUCCUGAUGGAGAAGGCCAAGCAGCUGGCAGCAGGCCUUGGUGUCCAUGACUUCGAACCCACCGAGGGAUGGCUGGGCAGAUGGAAGAAGCGGCACAACGUCAAGUUCUUCAGAGCGCACGGCGAGAAGAAGGACGCAGACACGCAGUCGGCGGAGGACUGGGUAAGAGACGUUCUGCCUACCAUUCUAGAAGAGUACGACAGUGAAGACGUCUAUAACUGCGACGAGACCGGCCUUUUGUACCGCGCACUACCGAGGGGGACAUUGGCUCAGAAGACAGAGAAGGUGUCCGGAGGCAAGAAGGCCAUGGACAGAAUCAGUGUCAUGUUCUGCUGUAACAUGACAGGAACCGACAAACUGACGCCACUGGUCAUCGGAAAAAGCCAGACGCCGAGGUGCUUCCGAGGUCAGCGUGUUCCGCUACCAUGGGAGAACAACAAGAAAGCCUGGAUGACGGGCGUCAUCUUCAAGAAGUGGGUGCAGAACGUCGACGAAGAGAUGGGAAGGAGGCGGAAGAAGAUUGUGCUUCUGCUUGACAACUGCACGGCCCAUCCUCAUGACAUCCCCCUGAGCAACAUCCGCCUGGUGUUUCUGCCCGCCAACACCACGUCACUGAUCCAGCCGCUAGAUCAGGGCAUUAUUCGGAACUUUAAAGCCCUUUACCGGUCUGAGAUCAUGAAGCGAGUCCUGCAUGCCAUCGACAACGAGAACAUCGACAGCGCCCAGAAGUUCGCGAAGAAAACGACCGUCUUGGACGCUCUUUUCAUGGUGAGAGAGUCGUGGAAGAGCGUGAAACAAGAGACGAUCAAGAACUGUAGUGCAGGACUAAAGCAUGGUGUAAAGGUGACCACUUCUGGGAUCAAGCCAUCCCAAUAG